AUGGGAUGCGCUGUUGUGAUCGGAGCGAACUUCGGGUCAUCAGCCGCACCAAGUUGGGUGAGAUACAGCUCGCUCUCAAAAUGGGACGCACGAUUGGCAUUGUCAAGCGACUUCUUCAACAUCAAGGCUACUGACAGCAGCAACCUUCGGCCUUCUGAGGCCAUCCCUACUGCGCAGAGGAUCUUGGGUAUCAUGAACAUGGUCCGUGGCCAAGGUCGAGUCUCCCGUGAGACGGACACAAACCUCACGAUCCUUAUCAAGGACAUCGUUCAUUCUCGUCCAGCUUUUAAGGAGGCUGUCGGGUCUCUGCCAAUGUCUCGUACCGGAACCACGUCACUUUUGGUGUGCUUCGACUCUCAGAAAUCCUGA